CCCCAAACAACAAAACCCAGCAGUUACACACUAAGACAGUUCUUGGUUUUCUAGAAACAAAUCACUGAGAUUUCCUUUCUAACAAUACUUCUGAAGCACAGAUAAAAUGGCUUCCUGUCCCAGGGUUUCCUGUAUCCAUGGCAACCUGACUUCAGGCACUUCUUUCUUAGUUUCCUGAGCAAACUGUUGCAAACCCUGGGGCAAAAAUGUGAGUGCUGUAGUACGCAGCAAUACUGCCUUUACAAAAGUUUAACAGAGGAAUGUAGUUGGUCAGCUUAUAACAUAGUCUAGUGGACUGCAAACAGCAAAAUAACGGAAAUAAUGAACUUCAGAUUUGGGUGAAGUCAGAGAGGAGUAAGAAGGCCAAAGACAGGGAUAUGUGUGUUCUGCAAAGCUCUUCACCCUGCCCAGGAGCAUUCCUGUAUAUAUUUAAUUGUUUUCUUUUGUUGCUGCUCCCAAAGGAGGCUUUUGGCUGUCCACCUGCUUGUCAGCUCUGCACAGGGAGACAAGUUAGCUGUCGUAAUGCAGGGCUUUCGAGCAUCCCUUGGAACCUUCCUAAAACAGCAAUUCUUGUUUACCUCAGUGGGAAUAAUAUAUCACAUGUCACUCCGAAUGAUCUAAGAGGCUUUCUGAAGCUUGCUGCACUCUACAUGGAUAAUUCCAGUAUUUCGUAUGUGCACCCAAAAGCUUUUGUGGAACUCCCCAGACUCUGCUACUUGCAUCUAAAUAGCAAUCAUAUUAAACGCCUGGAUCCAGGAAUCUUUGAAGGCCUUUCCAAUCUUCAUUGUUUAUACCUUCAGAAUAAUCAAAUAGCUUUUCUUCCCAGAGGAUUAUUUAGUGAUCUUCUUUCUGUUAGAUAUUUAACACUUCAAAGAAAUCGUCUCAGUGUCCUUGGAAGUGGGACUUUCUGGGGAAUGAUAAGUCUCCAAACACUAAACCUAGCAAAUAAUAAGAUUUCACGGAUAUCAGAUGCAGCAUUUCAUCAUCUUGAAAAUCUUGCAUAUUUAUUUCUUGAAGGUAACAACUUACCACUUGUGCCAUCAAAUGCUAUUGGAAGGCUCAAAAAUCUUGAAAGACUUUCUUUGUCUCACAAUCCCAUUGGAUCAAUUCAGCCUUUUGCAUUUAAGGGACUUAAUAAGCUUAAAUAUCUGUCUUUGAAAAAUGUCAAGCUAAAAUGUGUUGCUGUAAAUGGAUUUUUUGGAUUAAACAACCUUAGCCAGCUAAUCUUAAGUUAUAAUGAUUUAGAAAAUAUAAAUUCCAGCACUUUUAUCUUGCUGAACAAUUUAAUGUAUCUACAGCUAGACAGAAAUAAAAUAGCCAGUGUUGGCAAUGGUACCUUUGAAAAAAUGGGGAGGUCACUCAAAGUACUCAAUUUAGCAUUUAAUAAUAUCACAGAGUUACAACCUGAAGUGCUCAAGCCCUUAGUAUCUUUAACUCAUCUGCAGGUACAUUCUAAUCCUUGGAAUUGCAGCUGCAAAAUGCUUGCAUUACUUAAUUGGCUAGCAUCAUCUUCUGUUUCUGCAAAAAUACACUGUCAGCAUCCUCAGAGUAUGCGUGGUAGACCUUUGCAUUAUAUGAAAUGGGCUUGGUUUUCAAACUGCAUUGGCCCCACUGCCAGCCCAGGCUCUGCCCCAAGUCUGGGAUCUGUCAGGGUGCAUCACAGCGCUACCACUCUGCUGAUGGCCUGGCAUAAAGGGAACAGGCACAACACAUUGGAACAGUUUGUCACUGCAGAAACUAAGUAUAUUGCUUUCUGGGAGGGAACUACAGCUACGUCUUCUACCCCAUUGCCUUAUCAGGAAUAUGUUGUUGAAGUGCCAUCACAGGCAGCUACAGUGGUAUCAACAUUACCAGUGCAAAUACCAGCAGAAAUUACACCUGCUAAUAGAAAUGUAGAAGAAGAAUGGUUGUUUACAACAGAUCCUGCUCCUGUAUCAUUAAAAACAAGCCUGAUUUGUACACAACAGGUUGAAAAGCUGAAUCAAGCUUUUGAUAUUUUACUAGCCUUUUUCAUUCUGGCUUGUGCUGUUAUCCUGUUCUUAACCUGUAAAAUUAUUCAGUUUAGGCAAAAACUAAAGGUGUUGGAAAACUCAGGGGAAAAGAGUAUAGAAUAUUAUGGCUUUUAUCAGCCUGGCAGAUACAACAUAACUGACUCAGUUCAGUCUCUAACUCGGAAAUCAGUGGAACAUUCAGAACUGGACCAAAUAAGGCUGCUCAAGCGAACAGUAUCAGAAAGUCAGGCACAGGUCAUCUUGUUUGAACAUUCAUCAUUGUAAUUUUUCUCAUUUGAUUUAGUAUUAAUGGAGUUAUGAAAAGUCAAGAAAUCAAGAACUCAAUUGUGAAAAAAUACCUCCACUGAUUAAAAUCAACUGCUUAAUAGGACUGUGGAAAAUGGCACAAUUUGGGUUCUGCAUCAGCAUUUGCUUACUGAAUGUUUUGAAAUUUGUUGAUUAUUUCAUUAUAUGUCAUUUCAAUCUAACAUGGAUAAGCUUAUUAACCUCAGUCCCUAUUUGUAGUAAUCAUUCACUUAUGCUCAAGUAUACAUGCAGUAUAAAGUACACUUUAAUUUAUUUUGCCGUACUUAAUGAUGUAAGUUACUAUAGAAAUUCCAUAGCUAUUGUGCAGCAAGCAAAACAUCAGUUCUUAGUAGGAUCACGAAGCCGAGAAAUACUGGGGAAUCGGAAAAGAGUGUUUCAUGUGUUUAUUGUAAUAGAGUUUCUACUCUUCCUCUAUUAAAUGAAGCACAAGGAAAAAGCACAUUUACAGUUAGCAUGUUCAAACUCCUGAGUAAAAGAGUAAAAAGUAAAAAAAGUAAAGAGAAAAAUUUCAAACUAUACAAAUUCUAUUCAUACCUGUAGCAUAUUGUAAUAUACAAAGUUGCAUGUGCAGUCUGUAUAAUGAAUAUAUUAAAGUGACUUUUUUAUUAGUGUGUAUCUGUAUUGUUUUAUGAAAUACCCCAAAUUGGAGUUAAGAAAAGCAGAAUUGCUGUUGAAAUUUACCAAAGUGUAAUGAUGAAAUUUAUUAUGUCUAAGGUAAUAGGGCUGGUUAAUUAUUGUCAAUAAAAGAUCAUCAUCUGUGUUAUCUAUGUAGUAAUAUUUUUAGGGACUUUUUAGCUAGAUAAGAGGUACAAAUUGAAGAAAUACACUACACUGUAAAUACAUACUGCUAAACUAAUGGCUGAAAACAUUUACAUAUGUGGUUUAUAUUUGGGGGUGUCCAGUCAAGAUAUGUAUUCUUAGUUAAAGCUUCAUCUUCAAACUAGGGAUAUUUUCUUUUAUAGUUUGCAUAUAACUUUUUAUUUCUGUUUCAGAUGUUGGUGUUCUGUUGUUGUCAGGUUAUGUCUGAUAUGCUGUAGCUUUAUUUUUAGCCUGAAUUUCUGGGAUUUUUGUUUUCCUGUUACUUUAAUAAUUCAAACUUUAUUCUGGAAUUAAAUGUCAUAAAACUAUGUGCCAAAUAGUCCAAUGUUGUAAAAUUUUCAACCAACGGGACUUAGAUGCUGUUUUUCUUGUACAGGCAUGUGCCCUAGAGAUUUCAGCCAUGUUUAUAAGUUACACAGCUAGACCAUUUUCCUCAAGGAAAAGUGGGGAACAGUGUUUUGAUAUACUUUCCUCCAUGGUGUUGAUUUAAAUUAUGUAGAAGUAUGCUGCUGUUCCAGGCUUCGGCCCAGAGUCUGUUGCAUUCUGCAGCUGAGCCAGAGCUGCUCUCAGCAUUCUUGUUCUCCCCCCUCUCUUUCCUGCUGGUGUAAGUGCUGCGUGUAUCUGGGCUGUGCAGGUCCCCAUCAUCCUGUUUGUCCAUCUGCAGUUCUUUUCCAGCAGGGAAAAAAUCUAUUAUCUGCUACCAGUACAUAUUAUAAAUCUUGACUGCACUGAAUGGGUGUGAAAGUGCAAGUAUGACUUCAUUGUUGUUUGUUACUAGUGUAAUGAAAUAAUACUGUAUUUGACUAUAAUUUAUUGUAUCAUUGAUCAAAUACUUCUAGGAAACACACAGUUCAGCUUCUUGGACAAAAACUUAAACUGUUCAGUAUUGCUUGAGUAGAAACUGUUUUUUAAAAUAAUUUUCUAACUUAAGAUCAGAUGUUAAAUAUAAUGGGCAAAUUCUUUUAAGAAGGGAAAACACUGGCUGUAAUUUAUGCACUUUUUUCCAGAGGCUAAUCGACUGCAUUCUUUUCCUCUUUAACCCAUUUUUGUUACCUUCUGUCUCUCCUACAUAAUUUGUUGUGAUAAAUAUUUUUCAGAGGAGUUUUGGUAGUACACAAAGGUUAAAAACCGAAUAAAUCUAAUUCUCAAUUCUCAAAGAAAUCUGGCAGGGAGCAGCUCUGUUAUUUUAGGCUCUGGUUUCCACAGCUGCUCUUUACAGAAAGGCAUGAGAGGUUCUCUCUGUAGGUUCGUCUUUUUCACUGACAAGCUGCUGUGGGAGUUGUUUGCCAGGUCUGUGUCUCACCAUCUGCAGUGGUGGAACAUGAAAGGAAACUGGUGUCACAGCUGUUUGUGCAGCAGAGAGUUGGAGCCAUUGAAAGCCAUCCUUUGGAGUGGAGACAUCCUUGAAUAACCAGCUUGCCAACACAGGGAUUAGACUAACAAGGCACUGAGAGAUUUAUUAUGCAGUUGUGAGAGAAAUGCCUUUCUUUAGCAGUCAGUAUCUUUCGUAUUUAAAUGUUCACAUGGGGAAACCAACCCUUCCAUGUACACAUGUACGUGGAAGUUCAUAUGUCAGUUAAAGUCAUUAGGGAAUAAUUAGAAGCCUUAGUGAAAUCUGCCCUCAUGAAGCAAAGUGGUGGUGCUUCAUGAAGAUCAGGUUUAUAGUCAGUCAUAGGACUCCCUGGAAAUGCUGUCUUAGCUGCUACUUCACUGCUCUAGGAGCUCCCAAGAACUGUGCAGGUCCGAAGGGGUGGGGGGUAUGUAAUAAUCAUUUACGUCACUUACAGUAUGUGCAGAGUAAUCUCUGCUUGUCCCACUCCACCUCUUUCCUUGGCGAAUGAGAUAAGAAAAAAGAAUUAAUUAAGCUUUCUCAAUAUCUAAACUAGUAAAGAUAUGAAAUCAAACUCUUCUUGGUGUUUGCAUCAUUCUGAUGAAUGUAGAAAAGCAGAAAAUGUUUUAUCUUUUUUUAUCUCUGAAAAAGAUUUUUUUCUUAUACAUAUUUUUCUCCUUCUCUGAGGGAUAUGCAAAGUAGAUACGGGGUCCAUUUUAUUUAAGCACCAAUAAAAAUAUGUCAGGACAUGAUUUAACAUGAUGAUAGAGCUUUGUCUACACUAGUUGGCUAUAUAAGUGAAGUAAAAAUUAUGACUUUUCACAUAAAACCUCAGGAUAAUAAGUUGUAUAGAUAGCUGUGUGCAUUAGAAAUUAUAGACAGAAUGAAAAAAAAGCAAACUGUCUUUUAUUUUCAGAACAGAUGGGGUCUGUUCUGUUCUUUGCAAAGCUUUUAUUCUUUUAUCUAAAAACUCAUGCAAACUUUGAAAUAGAAGUUUUGAGAUUAUUCUUAUGGAAACUGCCCUGAAUGCUAAAUUUUGUUUUGUAUUGGUAAGGUG